UCUAUUUUUAAUACCCCAAACAUAAUUACUUAAUUUCCAUGCAUUGCUUUAAGAGCAACAAUAACCCUUGGCAGACUUCAAGAUGUUGAAUAGAAGUUUGCAGAUAUAAUAGGCCCACUUGUUGAAGUGUUGAAGAGCUCUUGCUGCCAACAACAAUUAAUCAUUGUUAAUUAAAAUCAUUUGCGUUUUACUCCACGAUUAGGUUAUGAAUGAUUUAUAUCUAAAUUUAAAGCUAAUAAAUUAGGAAGAAAAAGUGGAUGUAUUUUAAUAACAAAAACGUGUUUAAAUAAUCGUUAUAACCUUUACCUUUGUAGUCAAAUUAAUUAAACCAAUUAAUUCGGUUAUUUAUAUCAUUAAAAUCCAAUAAAAACUAAACAUUCAAAUCGAAUCGUUCAAACACAACGUAAUAAUGUGUAUAAAGUGUAUUUCGGAUGAGAAUGUGUUGUAUUCGAGGGAUAAUAAUUUAAAAAAGGAGGAUGUCGAGCCGUUACGGGAGUGGAUGUUAAAAGAAGCGCAUUUACCCACAAUUUCAAGUAAUUUUCAAAUAAUCUCAUUUUUGAGUAGCUGUUAUUACCGGAUUGAGCCGACGAAGCUUUGCAUCGAAAAUUAUUACACUUUUAAGUCGCGUUACCCCGAAAUCUUUUCAUCGAGGAGUUUGAAGAAUGAAAGUUUGGAGUAUCAAUUAAAAACUUGUUUUGGGGGGACUUUGCCGAAAUUAACUAAAAACGGGUAUCAAAUUUUUUACGCAAAACUCGAAAAUAAUUCUCCCGAUAAAUUUUGUUUCCCCGAUAUCAUAAAGAUGGUUAUUAUGGCGGUCGUGCUUAAUAAUUUUCAGUAUGGCCCCCAAAUGGGGCAUUUAAUUGUGAUAGAUGGGGCCGGGUUGCAAUUGGGGCACAUGGUUAAAUUAACACCGAUGAUUUUAAAGAUUUUUUUCUAUUUUCUGCAAGAAGCGGCUCCGAUUCGGUUAAAACAAAUCCAUAUAAUCAACGUUAACCCGAUAACUGAGAAGUUAUUAAACAUGAUUAAACCGUUUUUGAAGAAAGAAUUGGUCGACCAAAUUCAUUGCCACAAAAAACUUGAGGAUAUCUUUAAAUAUGUUGAGAAAGAUGUUUUACCCAGCGAUUAUGGAGGUGGAGUUGCGAGUAUUAAAGAAUUACAUGAGGAGCAAAUAAAAAAUAUAAAGCAACACGAAGAUGUGUUAAUUAAAGAGGAAGAGUUGAAAGUUGAUGAAACGAAACGGAAGGAAACUCCGAAACACUUUGAGGAAUUAUUUGGGAUUGUUGGGACGUUUAAGAAGUUAACGUUUGAUUAAACUUACCAUAUUAAUUUUUGUUUUAAAUGUUUUGGUGAAUUAAUAGAAUUAAUUCAAAUUUA